GUUGGUAGUUCAGGUGAAAAGACCUGUGUAGUAGCCCCUUGUCACUGCAGUUGCUUUGUGGCAAUGCCGUCAGGUCAUGCCUGGGUGGCUGCGGUUGCAGUUUUGGUGGCUACAGACUCAUCAAUGGUGUGGGCAGGCAAAGACACGCACACCUACAAGAUGGGAGAAGAUGUGGUAGUGUGGACUGACAAGGUUGGUCCUUACAACAACCCACAGGAGACGUACGAAUAUAGCACACUUGGCCUGUGUGAGCUAGAAGGCGACGACAUUGCAGUAGAGCAAGGAGAGCUUUCGAUCGGUGAGACGCUUGAAGGGCAUGCCUUCUUCUCAUCGCCAAGGCUGGACAUCCAUUUCGGUCAAAACAAACCGCAGACGCCGCUCUGCAACAUGAGAUUGAAAGACGAGCAAACCAAGGCUCUGGCUACAAUGAUCAACGACAACUACUGGUAUCAGCUCUACAUAGAUGACUUGCCCAUUUGGGCGUUUGUUGGGGAGCACUCCAAGUUUGCUGUAGACGUCAGUAGAUUUUCCAUGAUGUACCGAGACAACAACAAGUCUCUUCAGAUGCCGUCUGGGUCGGCACCGCCCGUUCCAAAGCAGCUCAAGGGCAAACCUCUUCCCAGAAUCUACACGCACCGGCACUUCACCCUCUUCUACAACAAUGAUCAAAUUAUUGAGGUAGACAUGGAGCCGUCGAGUCCGUGGCCAAUCUACGCGGGAGCUCCAUUGAAUUUCUCGUACACAGUUCUUUGGUUCCCCACCAACAAAGAAUUCAAGGACAGGACAAAUCGAUAUUUGGAUCCGAAAUUCUUUGAGCACAAGGUUCAUUGGUUUUCAAUUGUGAACUCCUUUAUGCUUUGCCUCUUCCUUUGUGCUGUUGUUGCUAUCAUUUUGAUGAAGACCCUCAAGUCUGAGUCUCAGGGAUUGGA